AAUCCUGCAAUGCAACGGGCGGGGGUUGAGGAAAGCAAAGAAAGGUACAGAACCUUCUCCUCCCUCCUCCUCGAAUCUCAGCUCUUCGCCUCCGUAACAAGGCUGUCGUCUUUCUUUCUUCGAUCCAUGGCCACUUCCCCCUUCGCCUCCGCUGUCCUCCUUCUCUUUCUCCUGCCCUCCGCCGCCCGAUCGGAGGGCGUCGUCGCUGAUCCCUGCGCCGCCAGAUCCGACGGCGGGCCGGCCUCCUGCCCCAUCACCUGUUUCCGCCCCGAUCCUGUCUGCGCCGACGACGGCACGACGUAUUGGUGCGGCUGUACGGAGGCGGCGUGCGCCGGCGCUCGCGUCGCCAAGCGGGGGCCGUGCCAGGUCGGCAACGGCGGAAGAGGCCUCGUGUCCGGGCAGGCCUUCCUCCUCCUCCACAUUGUAUGGCUAAUCGUCCUCGGAUUCUCCGUCCUUUGCGGCUUCCUCUGACUCGGCGACAGGCUCUAUGGCAAUUCUAUUAUUUUUUUCAAGCCCAUAAAAUUCAUUUAUAAAGCUUGAUUGAAGUGUUUAAAUGGAUGAGCUCAGAGCUAUCUGUAGAUUCUUCCUCAAGGAAGACAUCAAACUUGAAGAUUAUGG